AUGGCUAUCGGUAACGAUGCAACAGUGGGUCUCCCGAUCUCUACAAGUGAAUCACGUCGGAGCAGCAACCAUCGUCUUCGUCAGCAGCUAGGUAGCAGCGGCGGCGUUGCGAUGGCUAGAAGGAGAACGGGGAAAGAAGAACACGACGGGGAGGUGGCAGAACGGAAGAAGAUGCGAAGAGGGUGGCGGCUUCCACCGGAAACAGCAGCAGCGACAUCCCGGGUGUGCUCCAUUCAAUCAUCCGCAUCCAUGAUGUCUAACGGCGGCUUUUGUCUUGAACCGGACGGCACCACAAUGGCUCAGUGGUGCAAGGUGACUACGGGAGAGAUGGCAGCGGCUGGAGGGAGGAUACGUGAAGUUAGCGGCUGA